AUGUUAAUAACGCUGAAGACAUUACAACAGCAGACCUUCAAGAUUGAGAUCGACCCAAACGCCACUGUAAAACAGUUGAAAGAGAAGAUCCAAACGGAAAGAGGAGACGAGUAUUGCAUUGAAUGGCAGAAACUAAUAUAUGCCGGCAAAAUACUAAGCGAUGAGAAUCAGCUGAAAGACUAUGAAAUGGACGAAAAGAAGUUUGUUGUAGUGAUGAUCGCAAAACCCAAACAAUCGACCACUCCUUCCACGCCUCCCACCGACUCCUCCACUCCUAUCCCUUCGACCGCUUCCACCACUACUACUACUGCAUCGACAGCCGCCGCCACUUCGGAGGCAAAGACAGACAAGACAUCCGAUGCCGGGAGUACUUCACAGAAGGAGACGACGGCGUCGACAACGGCGGCCACUUCUGCCCCUUCGGCCACAUCAUCGACCGGAGUGUCUGCCGCCGAGUCUAACAUUGUGUUGGGAGAGGACUACCAGAAAAUGGUGAAACAGAUGAUGGAAAUGGGGUACGAGAGGGACGCCGUGGAGAAGGCAUUGAAAGCCAGCUUUAAUAACCCGGACAGAGCUGUCGAGUAUUUGUUGACGGGUUUUCCAACCGAACUGUCAGAACCUUCUCAGGCGCCCGAAGCGCAGGAGGCGUUGGGCGGAGGCAUUGGCGGCGGCGCUGAGCCAGCGGUGGGCGACGAGAAUCCGUUGGAGUUUUUACGUUCUCAGCCGCAGUUCCAACAGAUGCGACAAGUGAUCCAACAGAACCCUCAACUGCUCAACGCUGUUAUGCAACAGAUCGGCCAAAACAAUCCACAACUCCUUCAACUCAUUACACAAAACCAGGAGGCGUUCGUUCGUAUGCUUAACGAACCGUCGGCCGCGUCCGGCACUCCCGGCAGUGGUCAGGCAGCGGCUGCAGCCGCCGCCGCCGCACCGGCCGCUGGCGGUGCCCCUCAAUCCAACUUAGAGAGUCUUAUCGGGUCGGCACAAGUGACGCCACAGGACAAGGAGGCCAUCGAUCGGUUGAAGGCAUUAGGGUUUCCGGAAUACCUCGUGGUUCAGGCGUACUUCGCAUGUGAUAAGAAUGAGAAUAUGGCCGCGAAUUUCCUUCUUUCCCAGGGAUUCGAUGACUAA